AUGAACUUCACCGCAGGACGAGACCCGCACAGCGACCCGCUCAACCUCGAGAACAUCCGCCGCACGCUCGUCCGACUCGAGGACACCAUCAUCUUCCUACUGAUCGAGCGCGCGCAAUUUGCACACAACCCGCGCAUGUACACGAAGGAUGGGUUCGCCGACGUCUUGCACCGCGACGGCUUCGAGGGCAGUUGGCUCGAGUGGUUGCUCAGGGAGACAGAGGUCAGCCAUGCCAAGAUCCGCCGCUAUGACAGCCCCGACGAACACCCCUUCACCCCUCGCUCUCAACUCCCCGACCCGAUCCUCCCUCCUCUUUCCUACCCUCCCUUGCUACACGACCCCACCUCCCUCAACGUGAACCCUCAAAUCCUCUCUUUCUACAUCAAUUCCAUCGUUCCAGCUAUCACGCGCACGGUCACGGAGAGGCUGGGCAAGGAGAACGACGAUGGGAAUUAUGGGAGUGCCGGGACGAGGGAUAUCGAGUGUUUGCAGGCUAUCUCGAGGAGGAUCCACUGCGGCAUGUUCGUCUCGGAAUCCAAGUUCCUCUCCUCCCCCUCCUCCUUCAUCCCCCACAUCCUCACCCCCAAUCCCUCCGCCCUCGAAUCCCUCAUCACCAAACCCGCAGUCGAAGCCGCCCUCCUCGCUCGGCUCGAGAAGAAAGCGCGGUGGUACGGUGCCGAACUUGGGCCGGACGGAGAGCCCGAGGAGAAGAGCGGAAGGAAGGUCAGGCCCGAAGAGGUCGUCAGGUUGUAUAGGGAGUAUAUCAUCCCGCUCACGAAGGAGGUCGAGGUCGAAUACCUCCUCCACCGCCUCGACGGCCUCUCGCAGUCGCAGAUCGACGAGCUCAUGAAGAGCGACUGA